AUGAGUUGCCAAAAGUCCAUAGGCGUCAUUGGAGCUCCUUUCUCAAAGGGGCAGCCCCGUGGUGGUGUCGAAGAAGGACCGAAAAGCAUGAGAGAGGCCGGACUGAUUGAAAAACUGAAGCAAUUAGGAGAGUAUGAUGUGAAGGACUACGGAGACCUGCAUUUUCCUGAUGUUGCCAACGACGAGCCUUUCCUUAAUGUUAAGAAUCCCAGGACUGUAGGGCAAGCUAACGAAAAGCUGGCAAAAGCUGUGACUGAAGUCAAGAAGACUGGAAGGACCUGUUUAACACUUGGCGGGGAUCACAGCUUUAUAUUGAAGAGCCUUGGAAUCAAAUAUUUUUCAAUGUCAGAAGUGGAUGAGCUUAAAAUUAGCAAGGUCAUGGAGGAAACACUUAAGUACCUGCUGGGCAACAAGUCACGGCCGAUCCACCUGAGCUUUGAUGUGGAUGGUUUGGAUCCCAGCGUGGCACCAGCUACUG